AUGGAAAACAUAAAAGUCGACAGCACUUUACUCGCUAGCAAUCAAAACAAAGUGGUUAGUUUGUUUGGUAAAUGUGAAUCAUAUGACCAAUCAUCCAACACUGCUAUAGUCAUAAGCAAUGGUCCUGUUAAAUUAGAACUUCCAGAAGGAGAGCCAAUAACAAUCAAUAAGAACUAUGAAAUUAUUGGUAAAGCCACGGGAGACUCUUCAGUUCGCGUGUUUUCAGUAACUGAAUUAACUGAUAAUUUCAACCUCGAUUUGGCGCACAAGUUAGUCCAUUAUACUCAUAAAGUUCCCGAAUUAUUCUAUACUUCUUAA